UGACGUCAUCACGCAUUAGUUUUCUGCUGUCCAUACUGCUAACGGGUUGUAGUGUCCUCUGUUGAGUUUACUUUACGGGUGCAGAGAGUGAGAUGUCAGCUUUAGGACGCUUGUUUUGCUCGGCGUGGAACCGGUGCAGUAUUCCGGAACUGCGUGUGCCGUGUGCUGCGUAUCACAAAAAGGUUGUUGAUCACUACGAGAAUCCACGAAAUGUAGGUUCCCUUGACAAGAAUGCAAAAAAUGUUGGCACAGGUCUUGUCGGCGCACCAGCAUGUGGAGAUGUUAUGAAGCUACAAAUUGAAGUGGGGGAGAAUGGAAAGAUUGUGGAAGCCAAAUUUAAAACGUUUGGCUGCGGCUCUGCAAUAGCAUCCAGUUCACUGGCAACAGAAUGGGUUAAAGGAAAAACGGUUGAUGAAGCAAUGACAAUCAAGAACACAGAUAUUGCCAAGGAACUCUGCCUACCACCAGUUAAACUGCAUUGCUCUAUGCUGGCUGAAGAUGCAAUCAGAGCUGCCCUAUCAGAUUACAGACUGAAGCAAGACAAAGAGAAGUCUGCUGCUAGUGGAUAAAUUCAUCAAACCUUUCCAACACUAUUCAUCUUGGAAAUGGGUCAUGCUUGUGCUAUUAGAAUAGCACUGCUAAUAUACGCACAAUAAUACAGCUGCUUAUCAAAUAGUGUGAAUGUCUUUGCAAUUGCAUGUAAAACAUUCACUUCCUUUCAGUUUGCAAACUGUUUAAAAAAAAAAAAAAAUGUACAGACCUUAGGAUUUGUGAUAACUGAUUUGGCUUUGAAUGCUAAUAUGUAGUAACUCCUAAACUCUUAUUGUAAAAGUACAGUCAAGGUAAACAAUAGUAGGCACCAAUAUUUUUACAGACCUGCCUUAUCCCAUUAUCUCAGUGUCUGGUAAAUGGUAAUUCAUAUGCAUAAUUAGAAUUUUAUCUUGUAAACCCUUCCAAACCAUUUUGUUUUUAGGGUCUGUUUUAUAGCAUUCAUUAGAUGAUAUAGGCCAGUGAAAUGCAGUUAUGUUGGUAACGUUUCUUGCUGCUGUUGAAGUUUAUAUACAUUUUUUUUCCCUCCUUAGAGAAGCACUCACAAGUGACUAGGACUAAACACCUAAAUAAAACUUGAGAUUAGUUUAGAAAGGAUUUUUUUUUUUUUUAAACCAAUGAAAGGGACACUUUUGAAGCGACAGUUGUUUAUGCAAGAUCUGACCAUCUGCCUUUUCUAUUUGUAUAUGUUUACUAUAUAAUAUACUAUAAACCGAUCCCUUUGUGGCAAUAAAUAAAUAAGAUUUUCCUUGUGUGAGGGUAGAAAA